GGAGGAGGUGACCGUCCCCACUGGGGGUGGGAAAUAGAGCCAGAGGUGACAGUGGGCGGCCUCAGGCCUAUAAGAGUGGAGGAACCCCUUCAGCGACAAUGACCAGAACAAUGGAGAGGAGCAGAGCAGCCGCGGCCAUGGAGCUCGCCGUCCUGGCGAUGGCCUCCCUGUGCGUCGUGGCCUCGGCUGCCGACACCUGUCCAGAGGUGAAGAUGGUGGGUCUGGAGGGCUCCGACAAGCUCACCAUUCUCUGAGGCUGCCAAGGGAUGCCCGGGGCUAUGGGGCUCAAAGGAGAGAUAGGUGCCACUGGAGAGAAAGGAGAACGAGGCCCCGCUGGAGUCCCUGGGAACACAGGCCCACCGGGGCACAAAGGAGACCGAGGGGAGAAGGGCGCCUGUGGAGAGAAAGGAGAGCCUUGGGAACCAGAGAACUGUCAAACAGGACCUCGGAACUGCAAGGAGCUGCUCACCAGUGGCCAGACUCUCAGCGGCUGGCACACCAUCUACCUGCGCGACUGCCGGCCCCUGACUGUGCUGUGCGACAUGGACACGGACGGCGGGGGCUGGACGGUCUUCCAGCGAAGGAGCGACGGCUCCGUGGACUUCUUCCGGGACUGGGCCGCGUAUAAGCGGGGCUUUGGCAGUCAGCUGGGAGAGUUCUGGCUGGGGAACGACAACAUCCACGCCCUGACCGCCCAGGGAACCAGUGAGCUCCAGGUCGACCUCGUGGACUUCCAGGGCAACCGCCAGUUUGCCAAGUACGGGUCAUUCAAGCUGGCGGACGAGGCGGACAAGUACAAGCUGGUCCUGGGAGCCUUCGUCGGGGGCAACGCAGGAGAUUCCCUGACAGCCCACAACGACCGGUUCUUCUCCACCAAGGACCAAGACAACGACCAGAGUUCUUCCAACUGUGCUGAGGUGUACCGGGGGGCCUGGUGGUACGACAACUGUCACUCGUCCAACCUGAAUGGCCAGUACCUCCCCAAUCAGAGCUCCCAGAACAGUGUUACCUGGAGUUCUGGGAAAAACUAUUACAGCUACAUGGUGUCGGAGAUGAAGGUGCAGCCCUACUAGCCCGGGCAGCCGCCCCGGAGCCUCUGCCGUCAGGUCCUUCCACAUGCCAUGGCGGGUGGGAGAGCCUGUCCCCAAGCCCUCAUCAGGAAGGGACCUGGAGCUCUGGGUCACUAUCCUCAGCGAAUGGAGGGGCUUCCUCCAGGCCCCUCGGCAGGGCACCUCUCAGCUUUGUGCCUUUGACCAUCUUCACCCCUUCUCUCCCAUCCGUGACCAUAAGAGUGACUGUCACACCAGGUCUCGUCAGCAACACGUAUUUGCAACAAAGAUAUUUGCUUACUCUAAAGGCAGACACGGGAUGCCAUCAUCGUUUGCAUUGCUCUGAUCCCUGCUUGUGUUCCCAUGUCUGCUCGCCUGUCUGGGCCUCCCCGUGACUUGGCACUGUAGGUGCCCUUUGGGCUGAGGAAGUUUCUGAUGGUCUCAGACAGGAGUCAGCAAGGCAGGGCCACACUGUCCGUGUGCCAAUAAACUUUUAUCGCUUC